CACGAGCCUACCAGGUGUUUGACCAAUCGCAGACUCAGCCUUAGAGGAAAGACGCUCGCAGUUCAGACAUGAAGUGGACAGUCCUGGUUGCCGUGACGGUUCUGUGCUGCCUGUGGCGGGAUGCUGGCGCCGGGGUCAUCAAGCAGCACCCCAAAAGCGCCCCGCUGAGGAACCCCCACACGCACCAGCGCGUCCGAGAGCUCGCCCAACACGCCCAGAACCUGGACAACGACACAGACACCCGCCUGAUGCCACCUGCCAAUCACUCAGACAGUCAAACAAACCUGUACAUCUGCUGCCUGCACGCCAACAUCCUGGACUUCUACCUGCUGAACAUCCUGACCACCCAGGAGGUGUACCCCCACCUGGCGUCAGUGCGGGCUGAGCUGCACAGGGUCAGCAGGGACCUGGAGAGGAGAGGCUGCUCUAUCAAUCACGUGAAGGACCACGAGCACAGCAAGCGCUUCAAAGAAGAGUUCUUCAAGUUGGGGAAGAAGGGAGAGACCAAAGCGAUUGGAGAGAUCGAUAUUCUCUUCGAUUACCUCUCAAGAUAUUGCUAAUGGUAGUUUUUUUUUAAACACAGUGAUGACAGGGCUUUGUAAAGCCGUACAUUUUUAUUUGUUAAAUGAUGAAAGUUUUAUAAUACAACAAAUGUUUUAUGAUUAACAUGCAAAGCAAAAACAAGUCAAAGUACAUUAUAUUUAUCUGUCAAUUUUAUAUGUUCAUUUGUUAUUUAUUACUUAUUUAUUCUUGAUGCUCAUAUUUAUUUGAAUGUGUAUUUAUUUUUUUGUAUUCUCAUUCAAUUAUGUGUUCAGUCAGAAUUAAGGAAACAUGUAUUACAGAUAAUUUAAAUGGUGUUGAAAUGGGAGGGAACAAGUUUGCAUUGUAAAUGAUAGCAAUGCCUUUCAUGGAAGUUUCUGGAAUGUGUAACCACAAUUGUGGUACUUAUUUGGUUGUUGUUUUGUUUUGAAGCAACACUUUAAAACAGUAUGUCUUCACGAAGCUGUAAAUGCAUUGUAAAAGCAUUGUUUCUGACAAACGGGAGUUACAAGUUACAGAUGUCAAUAGUAUUGUUAUACACAGCCAGCUGAGAGAUAUUCUAGUUUAACAGGUAUUGAUGUUAUGACAGAUGACAAUUACAGAACUAUAAAAGCAAGUCAACUACUGCACAAUUAAAAGGACAAAUGUGUGUAAUCCACAUCUUCAAAUUCCUCAGCAGUUUGUUCAGGUUCAUUUUUUUAAAUUUUUUAAUAAAGUAUUCUUGA